CUCAAUUAUUUUUUUUCAUAUUUGUUUCUUGGGAUUUGGUCUUCUUGAUUUUUCCAUUUUUUUUGGAGGUGGGGUUGUUUUUUUCUUGCUUAAAUUUCAAUUUUUAAUCAAUUUUGAUUAUGAUUAGUUUAUAAAAAGCAUUAUGAAUUAAAAAAAUAUUUUGAUGGCUGCUGUUAUUAUAUUGAUAUUAUCAAUUUUGUUGGAUUUAUCAUCAUUAGUUACAAGGAGGAGGAGACCAUCUUCAAUAAAGUGCCUGGUUUAAUUAACCAGACUGGUUAAAGAGUUGUUGAAACAGAUGGAAGGGAAGCAGCACACACCAAGUGUUAUAGCAAGGCUGAUGAGCCUUGAUGAGCUUCCACCUCGGCAGCACCUCCCUGUUAAGAGAAGGAGAGUACUCUCUGAGAACUAUCUCCAGAAAAUGGCUUCUAUAGGUUUGCGAGAGAAGAGUUCAUUUUCUGUUGGCUUCUCCCGUGGAAUAAAUACUCAGAAGUGUCAAGUAGUUAAAGAUGUAUCUGCAGCCAAGUUGAAGAUGCGGAAAUAUACUAAUUCGAGUGUUACUUUAAUAAAGGAGAAACAUUCUUAUCUUAUGGACUCCGAAGGCAUCUCAGAAAGUUUACUUUCAACCAAGCAUUUGCGUGAUCUACAGGCUUAUAAACCCUAUUGCCAUCCAGUUCACUCAGCUGUCGCUAAGACAAUAUGCAAGAUGUCUGCUAGGACUACCGCUAAAGAAAAGACUUCGAAAUCUCUUCAGACACUUGAGAUUGGUACACCUAAGGAUGAUGUUGGAGACUGUUCUAUUCAUCACUUGAAGAAAAUAAACUUUCAGCUUGAUCCAAAUGAAAACAUGCCUCAUCCGUCUACAAGAGUUAUUGUGGUCAAACCUAGUUCUGGAAAGUAUCGUAAAACCAAACAUCAGUCUGUUUCUCGUAGGCAUGGCUUGGAGUCCGAUCCCGUUGAUUUGAAGUACAAGAAAUUCACAGAACAUGAAAAUGGGACAGUACAUAAUAAGAGACCAGGAAGAGCAGAAAGCAUCAGUGACACUUUUCUGAAGGCCGAGGCUCUAAAGCUGCCUUCUUCAAAAUUAUUUAGUAAACAAAGAAAAGAUAAUACACUAAAUUUCUUUUCAAAGAGGUCAUCUUUUUCCAAAGAAGUCAAGAAGCAAACCAUUGAAAAGUGGAAGCUGAUGAAUGAUCUUUCAGAAGUUGAAACAACUUCUAGAAGCCAAAAUCUUGGAGAAAUGCUUGCUACGGAUGACUUAGAAACUAGGCCUCAAUUUUUGGACUCCAAGCGUGACUCACAAAGUUUUUGCAGUUCAUUCAGUGUGAACACUCAGAUCUCAGGCUCGUGCAGCAAGGAUUCGUUAAUUCCAAAUCAUUCUGCUGGUUCUAUGAUAGCCUCUGGAAGUCCUGAAGGUAUGAUUGGCCAUAAAGCUUCUCUAUAUGGCUGGCAUCUGAGGCAGAAAGUAGCUGUUACUGAGAAACAUUCCAAGUAUAUGAACCAAAAACAGAAAGAUAAUAUGGAAUAUAGAGACUUGAACUUGAAGGAAACCGAUCAGCGCAGUCCAAAUUCAGUUCUGGAGCCACCGUUCCAGGAAGAGAAACCCUGUACCUCUGCAUUCCACGGCUUAUGUAGUGUAGCACGGCAACUUCAGCUUCUUGAGACCAACUCUGAGGAAACAUAUUCAGAAGGAUCUGAAAUGGGUGUCUCAACUGAUGGAGACUCCGAGACAGGGUCUCUGGAUCUCCUUCAAGAUAGUGAAAACAUAUUGAAAGACUUCAAAACCGCAGAUGGCAGGGACUUCUCCUAUCUGGUUGAUGUUUUAGAUGAAGCUAGUUUGCACGGCAUGAACCUAGGAAUGUGUUUUGAGACAUGGCAUUCUUUGGAAUGUCCCGUGAAUCCCUCAGUGUUUGACUUGUUAGAGAAGAAAUACGGGAAACAAAUAUCUUGGCUAAAAUCAGAGAGGAAACUUCUGUUUGACCACAUAAAUUCAGGGCUAAGUGAGAUUUUGCAUUCAUUUCUGGAGAUCUACAUAAUAGAAAAAUCUUUAAAAAGAAGGUGCUGUUCUACUAUGAGGAGAACUGAUAUUGAAGAAGAGUUGUGGAGGAUGCUGGUUAGUCAUGAAAAUGAAAUACGCAAGGACUUGUCUGGCAAGGCAAUUGGAAAUGAAACCAAAUGGUUGCAGGUCGAGGAGGAAAUUGGUAGCAUAUGCAGAGAAAUAGAGAAAUAUUUGUUGGAUGAGCUAGUUGCAGAAUUAGCUUUGCAUUGAGAGCGUAUAAAAUGGGAUUUUGGCCGCUAAGUUUUCCUACUACUUCCCUCCUCAAGUUACUGG